UGAUGCAAAAACGGUAUAUUGUUGAAAAAGUUGAGGGAAAUGCAACUGUUAUGUCCGCCGAAAUUAUGAAAGAUCUUAUAAUUGAAGCCUAUCGAUUUCAUUUAAUGCCUGAUGUGUCUAUUCAUCCUACUAAUAGGACCAAACUUCGCAAAAAAAAGACAAAAAUUACUGAUUAA